AUGGCCAUUUCGCUCGUUGCAAGCGGCAAUACGGUGAAGGAGGACAGCGAGCUCUUUUUCGCCGUUACACGUGACUUCUCUGUGCCAGGGGCCAGCAAACAGUAUCAGACACCGCGCGCGUUCAACCAGCUCCUACGCAGUCGCCUGCGGCAGCGCAACCGGUUCAACCACGACCACCACGACACGUGCAUGUACAUUGCACGAUCAAAGAAUGCCAACGUGGUGGCGUACACCGCGAACCUUGUCGAUGCCGCCACGAAGGAGAGGGUUGUGUCUGGCAUUGGGCGGCAGUGCGUGCUGUGCCGUGAUGACCCUUUGCACGCGUACUUUGUAAACCUCGAGCCAUCCUACGUGGAGAAUCGCCGCCGCAAGGGCAUCGAGUAUGACUGCGACGAUCUCAACAUACUUGAGCGGACGAUGGCGUACGGGUGCUUAGCGGCGCCGGUGAGCACGGAGGGCGCCCUGGUGUACUGGAG